AUGGUGGUUCCGGCGCCUUCUCUGAGCCGAGAGUCUGCUCGCGGCAAGACGCACGUUUCACGCAUAGAAGAAGUGACACCUGGCUGGGCGAGGAACGCGUGGCACGCGGCGCAGCGCCGUGCCAAAGUCUUGACCGGUCACCGCGCGUUUCGGCUCCUCGUGGCCCUUCUCAUUGUGCUCAGCAGCAUCGUGUUGUGCCUCGAAGGGGGCCGGAGCACGGCCAUGGUGCGCGGCCGACUGGAGCUGGCGAGUGCGCUGCUCACCGUGCUGCUAAGCGUGGACGUCGCCCUGGUGUUGGUCGCCAAGGGCCCGCACGCCUACUUCUCUUCGGGAUGGCACCUGCUUGACUUCAUCGUGCAAUCGACGUCGCUGCUCUACGAGGUUCUGGACGUGAUCGGCGUGCAGGGCUCGGUGAUCAACGUGUUGCGCUCCACCAGGGCGCUGAGACCCGUGCGAAUCGUGUCCCUCUUGCCCGGGAUGAAGCUCCUGGUGGACGCGCUGGCCUCGUCGGUGCCGUCCAUCGGCAACGUGCUCGUGGUGUGCGCCUUCAUAUGGAUCAUCUUCGGCGUGGUGGGUGUCAGCAUGUUCGCGGGCCGCCUGUGGCACUGCGUGGACGCCAGGGGUCAGCCGCUCGACCCCGACCUGGUGCCCGACCGGGCCACCUGUCACAUGCUGGGAUUCUCCUGGACCAACGAGAACGUCCACUUCGACAACCUGGCCGAAGCGUCACUCGCGCUGCUCCAGGUGGCGACCUUCGAGGGAUGGAUCGAGGUGAUCGAGAACGUAUUGGACAUCGAGGGCGUUGACCUGCAGCCCCGUCAGGAGGCUAACCCCUGGUCGCUGAUCUACUUCGCCAUCUUUCUCGUCAUCGGCGCUUUCCUCGUGUUCAACCUGUUCGUCGGUGUCGUCAUCGACAACUUCUACGCCAAGAAGCGACAGGCUAGUUUUUUUUGGAGGAGGUCCACUCGGAGCCCUCGGCCUAGCGAGAGUCAGCGCCGGUACGCGCGGUCUCUCCGCCGCCUGCUCGCCCAGAGGCCCGUCAGCUUGGUGGCCAGGCCGGCCGGCAGGUUUCGAGGAUUCCUCUACGACGCGGCCGCCAGCAAGGAGCUGGCCGUGGCGUCCGCGGCGUUGGCGCUGCUCAACGGGAUGCUGCUGGCCUCCGAGCGCUACGAGUGGAACGGGCGGCAACGGGCGGCGCUGGGCCGCGCGCACCUCGUCUUCCUGGUGGGACACGCCGCAGAGCUGCUGCUGCGAGCCGCCGCCACGGGCACCGCCUUCUUCGCCGUCAAGUGGAACCAGUUCGAGCUGUGCGCGCUCGUCCUCUCCCUGCUCGGCAAGUCUGGCGAGGACGUGAACGAGUGGCUCAUCGGCUACAAACGGGUGAGCAACUACUACUAUUGGGACGAACACACCGCCCGACGGGCUCCGUCGCGUGCAGGUGACGUCGUUCUUCUGUCCGGCGUGUCCCAGAGCCGUCCCGAGUGGGUCCUGCUGCGGGGCCUUCGCACGCUGGCCAUUCUGCGCGUCUUCCGCAGCCUGGUGUCGGUGCGAGGCGUGCGCCAGCUGGUGCUCAUAUUCGCAGCCUCGGUGCCCGCCUUCAUCAACAUCGCCCUGCUGCUGUUCCUCGUCAUGUUCGUCUACGGCGUGCUGGGAGUCUCGCUGUUCGGAACCCUCCGCUCAGACGACAGCUUCAGUGGCCUGGUGAACUUCGGACAGCUUUGGCGCGCGCUUCUGCUGCUCUUUCGGCUGUCGACGACGAGCGCGUGGAACGAGGUACUCGGCUGGCUGCUGCCGGCUGGCAAGGGCCUCGCGGUCGCCUACCUCGUCUCCUACCUGUUCAUCUCCAACUUCAUCAUCUUCAACUCGUACGUCGCCGUGUUGCUGGCCGGAUACGAACAAGCGCUCAACACAGAGCUGAGCGGGCUGUCGGACGCUGACCUGGUCGACUUCGCGGCCGCCUGGGCUCGGCUCGACGUCGCCGCCCGGAGAACGCUGCCGCUGUGCGCGCUGCCCAGCCUGCUGGACUCGCUGCCGCGUCCGCUGCGGCUGCCUCGACCUAAUACGCUGGCGCUGGCCAUCAUGGACGUGCCAUUGCUCAGCGGCGACAGGGUCCACUACGUGCACCUGCUGCAGUCGCUCCUGCGCGUGCGCAUGAACGUGUACGAGCCCCUCUGCGAGCCCCUGCAGCGCAGCCUGGACGCGGACGCGGCGGCCGCCUACCCGGAGCUGCGAAGGCCGGACAUGCGACCCGUAUCGGGCACCAUGCAGCGCCAGCAGGAGCAGCGCGCCGCCGUCGUCCUGGCCGAGUUCUUCGUGCGUGGGUGCGAGCGGCUGCGACUCGAGCGCGCGGCGCGAACUCUGCAGAGAGCGUACCGCGCCCACCGACUCCGCCGAACCGUCACGCUGGCCAACCGCCUACAGCCGUUCCCGCUCUUCUUGCUCACCCAGACCAACCUGCAGUACUGGUGA